CCGCCGGCCAGUGCCGGUAGUCGCGGAGUUCGGAGUCGGUGUCUGUGGAGCCCGACUGGCGGGGAGGAGGCGGGGCUUCUGUCUGGCGGAGGUGGACGCGCACUCACGCCGCAGAGGGAUACCUUUCCUGUACCGGCUCUCGUGCUCCCUUGAAGUCACUUGGAAGUGUGGCCGUCGGGACAGUUUUGUCGUUCCGCUUAGAAAACGUCUUUUCUUUGGUUAUACGAGGGCAGGUUUCAGGGCGGUGGCUCUGUCAUGCCGAACUCGCGGCCCAGGCCCCGUCGGGGUGCCCGGAGUGGCGCCGGGGCAGCCGGGCGGGACGAGCUCGUGUCGCGGUCCUUGCAGAGCGCAGAGCACUGCCUGGGCGCCCAGGACUUCGGCACGGCCUAUGCCCACUACCUCCUCGUACUCAGCCUGGCACCGGAGCUGAAAGACGACGUGAAGGAAACUUUUCAGUAUACACUGUUCAGAUGGGCUGAAGAGCUUGAUGUUCUCAGUCGAACACAAGACUUACUUGGUUGUUAUGAGCAAGCUUUGGAACUGUUUCCUGAUGAUGAAGUGAUUUGCAAUAGUAUGGGGGAGCAUCUCUUCAGAAUGGGCUUUAGAGAUGAAGCAGCUGGGUAUUUUCAUAAAGCAGUGAAGCUAAAUCCUGAUUUCAGUGAUGCAAAGGAGAAUUUUUAUCGUGUUGCAAACUGGUUAGUGGAACGCUGGCACUUUAUCAUGCUUAAUGACACCAAAAGGAAUACGAUUUAUAACGCAGCAAUCCAAAAUGCAGUUUGUUUGGGGUCCAAGAGUGUUUUGGACAUUGGAACAGGAACUGGAAUUCUAAGCAUGUUUGCUAAAAAAGCUGGAGCACACUCGGUGUAUGCUUGCGAGUUAUCCAAGACCAUGUAUGAACUUGCCUGUGAUGUAGUGGCAGCAAACAAGAUGGAAGCAGGAAUCAAACUCUUACAUAUGAAGUCACUUGACAUAGAAAUUCCAAAACACAUUCCUGAAAGAGUGUCCCUAGUUGUAACAGAAACUGUCGAUGCAGGUUUAUUUGGAGAAGGAAUUGUGGAGAGUUUAAUUCAUGCAUGGGAGCAUUUACUUUUGCAGCCAAAGAGCAGAGGUGAAAAUGGUAAUUGUGAAAAGUAUGGGAAAGUUAUACCAGCAAGUGCUGUGAUAUUUGGGAUGGCAGUAGAAUGUGCAGAGAUAAGAAGACAUCAUAGGGUGGGUACUAAGAAUGUUGCUGGGAUCUGUUUACCAACAAAUGUGAAAUUUCAGAGUCCAGCUUGUUCUUCUGUAGAUGCUGAAGAGACAGUUGAACCAUAUACAACUGAAAAGAUGAGUCGAGUUCCUGGAGGAUAUUUGGCUUUGACAGAGUGCUUUCAGAUUAUGACAGUAGAUUUCAACAAUCUUCAGGAAUUAAAAAGUCUUGCAACUAAAAAACCUGGUAAAAUUGGUAUUCCUGUUAUUAAAGAAGGCAUACUAGAUGCUGUUGUGGUUUGGUUUGUACUCCAGCUUGAUGAUGAACACAGUUUAUCCACAAGUCCUAGUGAGGAAACAUGUUGGGAACAGGCUGUCUACCCUGUACAUGACCUUGCAGACUACUGGAUAAAACCUGGGGACCAUGUGAUGAUGGAAGUGUCUUGUCAAGAUUGUUACUUAAGAAUCCAGAAUAUCAGUGUUUUUGGUUCGGAACAUGAAGUGGGUGCUGGAAAAAAUUUUACCCAGGAUAAAGACUUGAUGUCUUUAGGAGGGGAGGCUGAACUCUGUAAUGCCCUGGCUAACCUUCAGACCAGUAAACCAGAUGCUGUGGAGCAGACAUGUAUAUUGGAAUCCACAGAAAUUGCUUUGCUUAAUAACAACCUCUAUCAUGAAGGCUUUAAAAUGGCAAUGAGAAGAGUGUUGUCUUCGUUGACUCCAGAGAAACUGUGUCAGGCCAUGGACACUCAGUGUCAGAAUGAGAUGAGCUGCGGAAACGAAGAGAGUAAUUCUGAAGAGAGCAUCCCUGAACCUUUCUAUGUGUUAGAUGUGUCUGAAGGCUUCUCUGUUCUGCCCUUAAUUGCUGGCACACUUGGGCAGGUUAAACCUUACAGUUCUGUGGAGAAAGACCAGCAUCGUAUCACUCUGGACCUCAUAUCUGAAGCCAAUCACUUUCCUAAAGAAACACUUGAGUUUUGGUUGAGACAUGUGGAAGAUGAAUCUGCUGUGUUGCAAAGGCCAAAAUCAGACAAGCUGUGGAGUAUAAUUAUAUUGGAUGUCAUUGAGCCAUCUGGGCUCAUUCAGCAGGAAAUAAUGGAAAAAGCAGCAAUAUCCAGGUGUUUGCUACAAUCUGGAGGCAAGAUCUUUCCUCAGUAUGUGCUGAUGUUUGGGUUGCUUGUGGAAUCACAGACACUGGUAGAAGAGAGUGCUGUUCAAGGAACAGAACGCACUCUUGGAUUAAAUAUAGCACCUUUUAUUAAUCAAUUUCAGGUACCUAUACGCGUAUUUUUGGAUCUGUCCUCAUUGCCCUGUAUACCUUUAAGCAAGCCAGUGGAACUCUUAAGACUAGAUUUAAUGACUCCAUAUUUGAACACCUCUAACAGAGAAGUAAAGGUACACAUUUGUAAAUCUGGACAAGUGACUGCCAUUCCCUUUUGGUAUCAUAUGUACCUUGAUGACGAGAUUAGGUUGGAUACUUCAAGUGACGCCUCCCACUGGAAACAAGCUGCAGUUGUUUUAGAUAAUCCCAUCCAGGUGGAAAUGGGAGAGGAAUUAGUACUAAAUGUCCAGCACCACAAAAGCAAUGUCAGCAUCACAGUAAAGCAGUGAAGAGCAGUUUUCUAAUGAAAAACUGUCCAGGUAGAGCAGCAAGUACACAGUUCUUGUCUGAAUUAGUAGUGGGAUUGUAAUCAUAAAAUGGGGAUACGUGUAAAGAUUUAAUUCCUUGUAAUGGUCAAAUAUUUUUUUUUAAUUAAUAAAGUAUAUUUAAAAGAUUCUAAAGAGGAGCAUUAUUACAAAGAUAUUGCUGCAGACUUCCUUUCCAAAAAAGGCUGUCAUUAAUUUUUCAAGUUAGCGAAGUUUGUUUUUAUUGCUUGGUUAUACUUAAAAUGGUUUCAAUUUUGUUUAAUAGAACUUUAGUCUACACUCUAAAGCUAUAAAGAUAAGGGAUUUGAGUCCCAUCUUCAUUGUCCUGUGCCAGUAAGUAAAGCAAAACUUUUAAUUUUUAAGGCAUCUUGGCUUUUAUUAAGUCUAAACUUCUUAAUUGGGAUACUUCAGAAAGUUGGGGCUUCCACUCAAGACUGAGGGUUAUGGUUACCUGUAAAUUCCAAGCUUGCUUCUUUUAAAUACCGUACUUUUGAAACUCCUUGGGUUUUUGUUUUGAGAAUGCAAACUUUUGAAUUAAGAAUUUAAGCUAUCAGCUGAAUUUGUUGAGAGAGUAAAAGUUAGGGAUGAAGUAAAAUCUCUAAGAGGCAGCAUUUUUCCUGGUCUACUUUGGCAAAGAAAAUUAAACUGGUAAAUUCAAGAAAGCGCGCUUUCUUGAAGUUUUGAUCUGGAUGCGCAGUAAGAAAUAUAUAAUAAUUGGCCCAAUUUUUAAAGACUUGCAACAGGGAGAUUAAUAAGGAUGAUUAUCGUGCCUUGUAUAUACUAUGUGCUCUUUUUAAGUAAGCCACAAAGAAAAUAAGAUGCACCUUCUCUCUACAUUGCCUAUUCUCAUUGCCUCUAGUAUUAUACUACCCUGCUUUACCUUCAAUAGAAAUGUUUGUAAGAGUGGACGGAAUAAAGACUUUGCAUCUAAUUACUGUGAACCAGUACAUAAAUGUGAAUGUGUGCAUAAAUAUAUGAAGCAAAGAUUUUGAGAAAAUAUUUAUUCUUGCUAUUUGUAACUCUCGCACUUUCUAGAUUUUCAGUAAAUGUUAAAGAUGACGCAGUGGGUUGUGAUUAGCAAUUAGAGAAACUCCAUCCUAAGUAAUAAAUGUCUCUGAAAUAGCACCUGCAUGUCUGCUGGCUGUGGUUUAAUGAAUAAUUAAGACUACUCAGCCUAGCUUUGUUUGCUGACCCCCUUAAUAGCACAGAGGAAAAGUAGGCUCCAUUGCUAUCACAAGUUUCUUAUUUAUUCUCCUAGUCUUCUACCCAGCUUAUUCUUUUCAUCUCAAAGUCAUGGAUAAUCUAUUACUAGUGUUGUAAAUAGGAUUUUUAGGUAGUAGUUGCUUUAAAGAUUAGUAUCGGGUCCUAGCUAUUUCUCCUAAAGGAAUAGAAGAUACAGGUAUCUCUUUCAUUGUAGGUAUAUAAUUUUUAACCUUUAAUCUUUUUGGACUUAUUUCUUUUUUGCUGUGCCUCUAAUUAAGAACUUUUUGUAAAAACAUUAAGGGUUUAUGUUUAAAGAAUGAGAGACAAAAAAUUGCAGAAAAUAAAUGAUAAAUUCUUAUUUAUUGAAAGACAUCCAGUUGAGAAAUAGAGAAAUAAUUGUUAGGUAGGCAUAUAUGGCACAUGAUUAAGUUCCACUAAUUCAGAUUUCCAAAUUACACUUUCUGCUAAAUCCAGAGCAUUAUAUUCAUGCAGCAGUGGUAGGAAGCAUUGAUUUUUUUUUUUUUUUUAAUGUCCAUCCUCUUGAUAAAGCAAUGUAACAUUAGGAACAUUUAGUAGUCAUCUUCUACCAUUUGAGUAUGUGAUACUCUAAUGUUAAGAAAUCAAGUCUAAGUCUAGGAUAUUUAGACUGAUUAUUUGUGAUAUACAAAACUCAAGUCAGUUAUAUAAAUCCAGUAGUUGUACCUGGCUUUCACCUUCUUUAUGUUGAAAUUUUCCAUCAUUUAUGGCUUGUCCCAAGCACAAAAUCCUGAGCAAUGGGAUACCAGGUAAUGAAAUCAUGGUAGCAGGAGCAAUGCUUUUGCACAUUGUUCAGGAGGCCACGGAUUUAUCUAUAAGUUCUUUUUUCUCUUCUGUAGUAUCAUUACAUAUUUCAUCAGAUAUAUUAGCUGUAGUAGGUGUAGUCUGGGGAGUCACAGUGUGUCCAAACCCUUGGUAGUGACCCAUGGGUGAAGGUGGUACAGAAGAGGCAACAGAAAUUGCAUCUUGUGAGGAUGAGGAUAACAAGCUUGUAUGUUCAUUUUGAUCUUGAUCCUCAGGAAAAAACUUUUUCCUAGGAUGUCCCAUGACUGUCCUUCCUUUAAAGUAAUAGAAAGGUUUCCAAGUUAGUCAAAAGUUAUUUUUACCACUAUAAACUUACCAUGCUAGGAAUAAGUCCCCCCUCCCAUCUCUCACUUUGAAGAGCUUUACGGGUACUGCUUUAAACAGUCUUUUUUUUUUUUUUUUAAAGAUUUUAUUUAUUUAUUUGAGAGAGAGAAUGAGAGAGAGAGAGAAUGAGAGACAGAGAGCAUGAGAGGGGGAAGGUCAGAGGGAGAAGCAGACUCCCUGCCGAGCAGAGAGCCCGAUGCGGGACUCGAUCCCGGGACUCCAGGAUCAUGACCUGAGCCGAAGGCAGUCGCUUAACCAACUGAGCCACCCAGGUGCCCUAAACAGUCUUUUAAUCUCUUAAACAGCUUCUAAAUUGCCCUAGCAGGAGAACUACAAUUAUCUAUUUGGAUGAAUGAAAUGGCUGGUACUUACCAACAUGCCUUACUUGUUCAGAAAUAUCAUCCCUAAUAUCUGAAACAUCCCACAUAGCAAGAAAGGAAUCAAAGCAUGAGCCCUCUUCUGCUUCUUGGACAUAUGGUUUAUAUGAGAAAGUGUAGUGAUGAGCAAUAGCAGCAAGGAACAUCUCAAUACAGAUGAUAAAGUCCUAUAAUAACAAAAACAAAAAUAGCAGCCAUCUUUCAGCUUAAAUCUAGUUUUGUAGAUAAAGGAAAAGCACUAUCUUUCUCUCUUUUCAAAAAGUAUUUCAGUAUCAACAGCUGUUUUUUUCCCCCUAAGAUUAUAUUCAUUUUUUCAUUUUCCCAAAAUAACUCAUUUUUGACCUCUUAAAAAAAGGACAAAACUUUACACUACCUCAGUCAAGUAUGUUUUUGCAAAGUACAAUGCAGUCUCAAUCCACUGCCCAAAGACUAAGAAGAGAAAUGCACAAAGAGAAACUGACUAGGUAAAACAAAAAUCUAGGUUCUGUUCCUGGCUCUACCACAAAUUAGUGAUGAUGGCUAGUCUCUCUAGGGCUCCUCCAUUUUCUCCUCUGUAAAGUGAGGAUAAUAGUAGCCUCACGGCCUGCAUGUUGUCAGGUUUAGGAGAUAAUAUGUAAAAUGAGUAAACAGUAAAGUUUUAUUUACAGAGAGCACUAACCUGGAGUCCUGUAGCCACAGCUUCUACAGUUUGCCAUUCCCAUGUAUGCUUUUCAGAAAUAACGCCAACUUUUACCAACAAAGCAAUAACUACUGCUUGCC